CCUGCCUCCCUAAGCAACCCGUAACCCCUAGCCACGUGUCCAACACAUUCUCUGUUUCCAGUAUCUUCCUUGAUUAUAUAAUUCCCCCGCUCCCUUCAUAUAUACGGAUCUCGCAAAAGAAAAUUAUUCGCAGUCUUUCCAUCAGAUCUCAUCGCCGUUCUUCAUUUUACGCAUCUGAAUUUUUUGCUUCGAAGAGAAGUUCAUAUCCAGUAAUAGUCAACCACCUGGGAAUGCGGAAUGAUGUGUUCAAACGUUGGUAAUUCCUUCUCUAAAACCCGCAUGGUUGCAAGCCCAUAUGAACUACUCAUUCUCCUCGAUGAACUUGGAUCCAAUAAUCAAAACACAUUCACUCACCAGGCCCAAAUGCUCCCCAAUUCCCCAAUUUCUAGGGUUUCUGUCAUCUUAAAACACGAGCUUGUAGAAGACGGUUAGUCCCGCACUUCACUUCACCCCAAGAAAACCCUACUUCUGUAAAUAACCACUUUACUACUUUUUAUUUCUACAAAAAAAAUGGAGAACAUGGGAAACGUAUUGAUGCAAAAAUACGAAUUCGGGAAAAUGCUAGGGCAAGGUAACUUUGCUAAAGUUUACCAUGGUAGGGAUUUGAAAUCAGGCCAAAGUAUAGCCAUUAAAGUAAUCGAUAAAGAAAAGGUGUUAAAAGUUGGAUUAAUCGAUCAAACAAAGCGAGAAAUCUCCGUUAUGAAAAUGAUCAAACACCCAAAUGUAAUCCAACUUUACGAAGUCAUGGCUACAAAAACCAAAAUCUAUUUCGCAAUGGAAUACGCAAAAGGAGGUGAGCUUUUUGAGAAAGUGUCAAAAGGAAGGUUAAAAGAAGACAUUGCUAGAAAGUAUUUCCAACAAUUAAUCUUAGCCGUUGAUUUUUGUCAUAGUCGUGGGGUCUACCAUCGUGAUUUGAAGCCCGAGAAUCUUUUGUUAGAUGAAUUUGGGGAUUUAAAGGUGACUGAUUUUGGUUUAAGUGCUCAUGAUUCAUGUACGCGUGUAGAUGGGUUGUUUCAUACCACAUGUGGUACUCCGGCUUAUGUGGCGCCCGAGGUGAUUAGUAGGAGAGGGUAUGACGGGGGUAAAAGCGACAUUUGGUCUUGUGGUGUGAUUUUGUUUGUUCUUUUCACUGGUCAUCUUCCGUUUAAUGAUUCGAAUAUUAUUCAAAUGUAUAGGAAGAUAAGCAGAGCUGACUAUAAAUGCCCUAAUUGGGUCCCACCCGAAGUCCGUAGGCUUUUAAAAAAAAUUCUUGAUCCGAAUCCACUCACUAGAAUUUCCAUGAAAAAAAUCAUGGAAAAUUCGUGGUUCAAAAAAGGUUUAGACACCAAACAAAGAGAAAUGUCCAUGUCUGCGUCAGCUGACGCAGACAGAGACAUUUCUGUAAAAAGGGAUAUAGUUCCGGUACUGGCACCAAUACCAGUACCAACAACCCCUGAGGUGGUCCACAGUUGUUUCUGGCAGGAACCAAAGAAGUUGGAUUUCACAAAGGUGUCGAGUUUUAAUGCUUUUGAUAUCAUUUCUCUUUCGACUGGAUUUGAUUUAUCCGGUUUGUUUGUUGGAAAUGAUGAGAAAGAGGAAGUGAAAUUUACGUGUAGAAAGACUGCGUCGGAUAUAAUAUCGAAAUUUGACGAAAUUGCCAUGAGUUUGAAGAUGGAAGUGGGGAUGAAGAAGGGAGGUCAGAUAAAAUUGAGGAAACCGAGUGAAGGGCGAAACGGUGAAUUGACGAUUGAAGUUGAGAUUUUUGAAAUUACGUCGUCGUUUCAUUUGGUUGAGGUGACAAAAUCAUGUGGUGACGCGUUGGAGUUUAGGAAGAUGUUGAAGGAGGAGAUAAAACCUAGUCUUGAGGAAAUUGUUUGUGCAUGGCAUGGUGAAUUACCAUAGAAAAAAUAUUUUAUCUUUAAAAUUAUUUUCUACUUUGUAAUUGUUUUCGUAUCAUUGUUAUGUAAUAAUCUAAGAUUAUCCCUAAAUUGUGUUUAAUGUUAUCAUUUUCUUUCUUAACCUUGA